AUGGGUUCAAAGGCUAGGACGUGCAGGGCAUGUGAAUCGCUAGGGUUACACUGCGAUUUCAAGAAACCACAAUGCACUUAUUGCCUCGAAAAUAAUGUCAAAUGCUCUUAUCCAAUGACUUUGAAAUGGGGUGGGCGCCCAUACAAGGACAAGACCAAACGGAUCAAACUGCCUCCCAACACCAAGAUGGUGGGAGGUGUGCUAAUGGCGGAUUUUUCCAUCCAAAAACCUGCCAAAGUCAAGCUUAAGAAACGCAUUGAAAAAAAGCUCAUCACCUUGGAAAAUACAGACAAUUUGAUAGAAAGCAUUUUUGAAAGCCCGAAAACAGGUUCAAGUAUACAGCUCAAGUGUGCUGAGGACGCCCAGGAGGGCCCGGAAUUUGGUCCGCUAUCCUUUGAAUCGAUAAAUAACAAUGACCUGGAUUCUUUUCUACCAAUUAUUGUACCUCCGCCAACGAGGGUCUUAAAACCAAUGCAUAUGCCAGGACUAGAUUUGUUAAACAAAUCGCUUCAGCACUCUGAUUUUUUCGAAUAUUAUGUGCAGGAAACUGCCCUCUCGUUCGUGGCGUCUAGCAAAGCCGGUGAUAGUAACCCGUUUUCCACAAUUGUGCCACGGCUUGCACUUCAUAGUCCCACCCUGAUGAAAAUUGUUAUGGCGUUCGGCGGAAUGCACAGGGAUAGACGACAGCUAUUAUUACAGCGAAAACAAGUUUUCUCGUUGGAUGACGAGUUCAGUCAGGUCUCUGCUAGUGAAAGACACUUGGAACCCUUGAUCCGAGAGUUGGAGCAGCAGGGCGUCAGUGAGUUGAUAAAAGAGCUCUCUAGCUCUCACAGAAUCCUCGAUGAUCUACUGCUGGCUAGCAUUCUCGUACUAGCUAGUCUCUAUAUUUUCUUUGGUAAGGGUAAAAAGUGGCAUAUACACAUGGUGGGAGCCGAGGGCAUCAUUUUACAAGAGCUUGGGCCGGGUUCAAGAAUUGAGCAAAAAUACCUGAAAUACAGCACACAAAAAGACCCACACCACUUUUUGCGAAGGUGGUUCGUGUACAUAAGGAUCAUGGGAUACCUUUCAGCAGGCCGUUUCCCACGCACCGGUGAGCAGAUUGUUUCUCCACUUCGCAUAGACUUUAGUAUCGCGGACAGCUCUAACGAGACUCAAUUAAUUGACGACGUGUUAUCUGCUAACGGAAUGGACUUAAAAGUGAUGUCGUUUUUGGCCGAAAUCUCAAGUCUCAUCGUACAGAAAGAAACCUCACCCACAGAAGGAAUACAGCCUACGAUCCUGCAAAAAGCUGUGGAACUAGAUUACAAAAUCUCGAGGCGGCUGGACUUGGACCGCGUUUCUCUACUCAGUGAAGGAAACGGAAGCUACAGACCCAGAGGCCACAACAGUGCUCAAGAUCAAAAGCUAUUGUUGAACGCCAUAAAAUUACUGUUUGAAAUGACUGGCCUUUUACAGCUACGACGCAGAGUGCUGGGGCUGACACACGAGAGCCUUAUGGUGCGAGAUUUACUGUUGAACAUGACCGAUAUGAUUGAAACGAAAUUCCUCGCUGUCAAGUAUUCGGGUGCCUGUCUGCUUUUCAGUUUUUUCAGCUGUGGAUGCGAACUGAUAGAGGAGUGCCUCGUUCCCAGGCGAAAAACGUGUUUAGCUCAAAUUGAUCUUCUUAUAGAGCUGGGAGUGGAAACUGCGAUACAGGCAAAAGCAGUAAUGCAAGAAUGUUGGCGCACGUCAAAGUCAUGGUGGGAUGUCUUACGUGAACAAAACCAAGACAUUUGUUUCGCAAUUUAA